AUGCCCUCCUUAAAAUCAAUGGCCGCAAGUUUCAUGCGCUAUAUCCAAGUGGAUUUAGCUUCCUUUGAAGACAAUUACAAGAAGACCGUCGAUGAAUAUCUCACCCUAGCCGCUAUCCAGUACCAAAAACGAGAACUGGAGGAAAUAUGGGACAAGAUUUCCACCAGAUAUGAAUGGGUUCGAGAAUCUGAACUAAUGGAUGACCCCGAGAAAGCUGCUACCAUCAACAUAGAUGAACUCACCCGAGAAUACGCCAAAGCCAAAUCUCUGUUCAGAUCUCGAAUUAUUUCCAUUGAUGCAGCACUAGCAGAAGCAACCCGACUGGAAACCUUGAAAAAUUCCCCUCCUACCCCUUCUACUCCUCCUACCCCUGUAACCCACUCAGCACCUAGCUCAUCAUUUAGCGUACCCCCUUGCGACAUGCAAGAUUUCCAUGGCGAUUACAAAUCUUGGACAUCUUUCCGAGAUAUGUUCAAAGCCAUUUAUGGUAAUAACUCUCGCCUUAGUGGGGUAGAAAAAUUGUUUUACUUAAAACAAAAAACCCGCGGGGAGGCCAAAGAAAUAGUUGACAGUGCGCCAUUGACAAACGAUGGCUUUGUUAUCGCUUGGACACUGCUAACUUCUCAAUAUGAGAAUAAACGCAUGCAAAUUAAUGCACAAUUGAAAACUUUAUUCAAUCUACCAUAUGUCAAUGUCCAAUGUGGUGUAGCUAUUCGUAAAUUACAGAGAAAAAUAAAUAGUUGUAUUUCAAAUCUAAAUACACUAGAUAUUGAUACAGAUAAUUGGGAUCCAAUUUUCGUAUAUCUCUGUUCGUCUAAACUGCCCAAAGAAACACUCGAAGAUUUUGAGAAAACCCUAAGAGACAGUUCCAAUAUACCCUGUUGGACUGAAAUGGACAUAUUUUUGACAAACACAUAUAAAGGACUUGAAUCUGUUAAUGAUAUCAAGAAUCCAAACACAUACCCAAGAAAUAAACAAAAUUCUGACAAUAAGAACCAAAAUGAGCGAAAAGGCAAUACAUUUGUAAAUAAUGUUACCCAAGAACCCAAAAAAGAUACCCAUGCCAAGAGAAAGCCUCAACCCGAACAAAAUCCUUCAAACUCCACCCGAACCCAAAACACUAGUAAGCUCAAUGGCUCUGUAUGUAAGCUUUGUAAAGCAAAUCAUACUUUGAGAGAUUGCCCCUCCUUUAUCUCAAUGGGAGUAGCCGAAAGGAUUAAUUUUGUUAAACAAAAUGGCUGUUGCUAUAAUUGUCUAGCGAUUUCUCACGGCAUUAAAGAAUGUCACAGUACCUUUACUUGUAGACAUUGUGGCGGAAGACAUAACUCUCUUCUUCACAGACCCUCGUCGAACUCUAAUACACACGCUAGUACGAACUCUAACCCGACAGAUGAACAACCAUCAACAUCAACACGGAAUGUGUCGCAGUCGUUUUCAACACUGACCAACCAAACUGAUGGCGUAUUAGAUGACCGGAAAAAACUUUUAGGGACAGCUGUUUUAAAUGUCCAAGUUCAGGGUUCUAUAUUUCCAGCGCGAGCUCUAAUAGACCCAGCGUCAGAUUUUUCGUUUAUUUCUGAUCAGUUCAGACGAAAAUUACACAUACCCACACAACCCAUAAUAGCUGAAAUAUCUGGUUUGAACGAAGUUGUAUCAGCUCGUUCAAACAAAAUGUGUGAAGUUACUCUUAGGUCCAAUACCCAAAGAAACUUUAGUUUAGAAAUCCAAGCGAUAGUGGUCAAAACGCUAACUAGAACAUUACCCACCCAAAGUAUAAACCCAAAUAUCAUAAAAGAUUUAGAACAGAUUCAGUUAGCAGACCCAAGGUUUUACGAAAGUAGACCUAUCGACUUCAUUAUAGGAAGUGAUUUCUACCCACAGAUUUUAAAAUCUGGCGUUAAGAAAGAUUUUCUUAACACACUAAUAGCUCAAGAUACCGAAUUUGGUUGGAUCUUGACUGGACCUGUCGAAGAGACUCACAGAACCCAAACAAUAGUUUCAUAUUUCAGCGCAGUUACACUUAAUAAAUGCUUAACAAAGUUUUGGGAAAUUGAAGAAAUCCCACAAAAACCCAUUAAGUCGGUAGAAGAAACUGUAUGUGAAAAUAUUUUCACGAAAACCACCCAACGCUUACCCAAUGGCCGUUAUCAAGUAGAUCUUCCGUUUCGAACCCCGCAGCUAGAGUUAGGAAACUCACGCCAUGUGGCAAUGGCACAAUAUUUAAGAAACGAGAAGAAUUUGAUGAAGAAUCCUACUUUAAAGUCUGAGUACGAUAACGCUCUGCAAGAAUAUGUUGACUUAGGUCACAUGAAAGCAGUUAAUUUUAACCCAAACAGUUCUUCCACGACUUAUUAUUAUCUACCCCAUCAUGCUGUUGUCAAACCCGAUCGUGUUACGACAAAAGUUCGAGUAGUUUUUAAUGCUUCUAGCAAAACUUCGAACGGCAACAGCUUAAAUGAUGCUCUAUUUAUUGGUCCCACAUUACAACAGGAUUUAUCUAUUGUAAUAUUAAAAUGGCGCUUUUAUAAGAUCGUUUUUAAUGCCGAUAUUACAAAAAUGUACAGGUACAGACAGAUCUUAUUGAACACUACCCACACCCCGUUUCAGCGAAUAUUAUUUCGUAAAAGCGUUAAUGAACCCAUAAAGGACUAUGAACUUCAAACAGUCACGUUCGGAGUUAAUUGCGCACCUUAUCUAGCAAUUAGAACUCUUCUUGAACUGGCUAAAGAAGUUGAAACUACCCACCCGAUUGCAUCUCAUAUAUUGAAAAACAAUAUGUAUGUUGACGAUGUUUUGUCUGGUGCCCAUACAAUUGAAGAUGCAAAAUUUGCUCAAAAUGAAAUGAUUACGGUGUUAGAUUCCGCAGGAUUUCCGUUGAGGAAAUGGAUAUCAAACUCACCUGAUCUGUUAAACAUUUUACCCAAAGACCAUUUACUCGAUGUGGAUUUACUAACCCUUCCAGAUUCCCAUAAUACUAAAACCCUAGGUAUUCGAUGGAAUGCAAAAGAAGAUUUCUUUUUCUUUAGCGUACCCACUAUCGAGAAGAGAAAUGCUUACACAAAACGCUCAGUCUUAUCUGAUAUCGCUCGUCUGUUUGAUCCAGCGGGCUGGUUAGCACCAAUUGUUGUGUCUGCUAAGAUCAUCAUGCAACAAGUAUGGCAGGAUAACACAGACUGGGAUGAAUGUCUAAAACCACUGACCCUUACAAAAUGGUUGAACUUCUUAAAAUUUUAUGAUGAUAUAAAUAAAAUUCGAAUCCCAAGAUGGAUUAAUUUUAAACCCACAUCAAAAAUAGAAUUUCAUGGCUUUUCUGAUGCUUCAGAAAAAGCUUACUCAGCAGUUUUAUAUGUGCGAGUUACACCCAUUGAUGGCCCAAAUAUAAUUACCCUACUCUUCGCUAAAACACGAGUUGCGCCCAUUAAAGUUCUGUCAAUACCCAGAUUAGAACUAUUAUAUUUUUGGACAGAUUCAACAAUUGUUUUAGCUUGGCUUAGUAAACAUCCAAAAUCAUGGGAAACAUUUGUCGCUCAUCGUGUUGCUACUAUAUCGGACACCGUCGGAGUGAACAACUGGAACCACGUCGUGUCGCACGAAAAUCCAGCCGAUCUUGCCAGCCGUGGAUGUACUGCCGAAGAGCUGAUAGACAACAGUUUAUGGUGGACCGGACCCUCAUGGCUAAAGAAAUCUGCGUCCAAAUGGCCAACUAUGACACAACCCUUCAUAACUCAAGCUGAAACUGCUCAAAGUUACGCAAACACAGUAACAACCCAAAUAGACAUUCUUAAGGAUUUUUCAAAAUGGUCUAGAGCUCUUCGAGUCUUUUCAUAUGUUUAUCGUUUCUAUGAUCGAAUCUCUCGUACCCGCAGAAAGUUGAACCAGCAUCAAAAAGUAGAACUCGACCGAGUUACACAUUCUGAACCCAGAGACAGACUUAAAGUUCUGUUCACACACCCUAGUAUUCAACUGGAUGCAGAAGAGAUUACUAAUACAAAAGAUAAACUUAUAAUAAUAUGUCAGACUCUAUAUUACCCUGAAGAAUAUAUUUGUUUACAGAGGAAAACUCCACUACCCGGAAAAAGUACUCUUAUUACCCUAACACCCUAUUUAGAUUCGAAGAACAUUAUACGUGCAAAUGGUCGUUUAGCAAAAUCAAGCUGUUUAUCAUAUGAUGAAAGACACCCAAUUAUAUUACCCUACAAAAGUUGUUUUACAAGAUUGUUGACAAGUCACGUUCACUUAAUAACUCUACACGGAGGAAAUCAAGCUAUGCUGCGAGUUAUACGAUCGGGCUAUUGGAUUCCAAAGCUCAAAAAUCUUAUACGCUUCAUAGUUGAUAAAUGUACCCAGUGCACAAGAUAUAGACAUCGCCAAACUACCCAAUUAAUGGCGGCUUUACCUCCAGAACGUACUCAAUUGUCGAGACCCUUUUGCAACACUGGAGUUGAUUUUGCUGGACCGUUUGACAUAAAAACGUAUGCUGCCCGAGCAUGUAAAGUCACCAAAGGUUACGUCUGUGUCUUCGUAUGCUUUGCAACAAAAGCAAUUCAUUUAGAACCAACGUCAGACCUAUCUACCCAAGCAUUCAUGGCUGCUUUCGCCCGAUUUUUUUCGAGGCGGGGAUGCCCUGCCGCUAUAUAUUCAGACAACGGUACUAACUUUGUUGGUGCUUGUCAACUACUCAAGAAAGAGCGACAGGAAUUCUUUAAACAAUUGAGAAGUUCUGUUAUUGCAGCUAAUAGUUUUCAAAACUUGAUUUGGCACUUCAUUCCACCCGGAGCUCCACACAUGGGAGGCUUAUGGGAAGCUGGAGUCAAAAGCUUCAAAAGCCACCUGAAGAAAUCAACAACAACCCGACACACAUUUGAAGAGUUCGCUACCCUUCUGGCAAGGAUUGAAGGGUGUCUUAACUCAAGACCACUCAGCUCAUCAAGUGAGAACUCACACGAUUUAAACCCAUUAACCCCAGGUCAUUUUUUGAUAGGUUCACCCAUGUUAACACCUGCCGAACCCGAUUGUAGUGAUGGAAACGUUACUAUAGCAAAUAGAUGGCAAAAACUGAGGAUUCAACAUCACCACUUCUGUCGAAGAUGGAAAGAUGAAUACCUCAAAGAGUUACACAAGAGAUAUAAGUGGAAAUACCCUCAGAGAGAAAUUGCAGUAGAUGAUUUAGUUGUCAUUAAACACGACAACAUACCUCCGAACGAAUGGUCGCUUGGUCGUGUCGUUAAAACUGUUCCCGGUUCUGAUGGACGUAUCAGAGUCGUUGAACUGAGAACCUCAACAGGAAGUUUAAUCCGACCGAUAACUAAAGUUGUCGUUUUACCCACUAGUUAG